AAUGUAAUUAGUGAAAAUAUAACAAUGGGUUUUCGCCAAAUUCCAACAAAUAAUACUGUUUAGUUUUAAAGUCAUAUAUGAAUUGCCACACAUCGGCAACGCUGCGCGUAUCUGAAGUGAAUUUUGAUUGGGGUGUAGAUAGUUGCACCUGACCUCGUCCAAUGAAAUCAUCAUUUUUAGACUUGGUAGGGCGAGAUCAGGGGUCACCUUGAAUUAAGAAAGGGAAAUCUCUAAUUUGAUUUGAAUUUAUAUUGCACUAAAUAUUACAGCCUUCAAAAAUUUGUUGUGAGUUUUAAAAGUCGAUAAGCUAAAAUGACAGAAGAAAAUGCAAAAUCAAAGUUUAUUGAACGUGGGGCCUACAAAGGAAGAGGUCUUGCUGUUUUUACCAGUGGGGGUGACUCUCAGGGCAUGAAUGCAGCCGUUAGGGCAGUAGUUCGUAUGGGAAUAUAUCUUGGCUGUAAAGUAUAUUUCAUCAGGGAAGGAUAUCAAGGAUUAGUAGAUGGAGGAAACAACAUAGUAGAGGCUAAUUGGUCUUCAGUAAGUUGCAUUAUCCACAAAGGAGGUACUAUAAUUGGAUCAGCAAGAUGCAUGGAUUUCAAGGAAAAACCAGGUCGUCUAAAAGCAGCAAAAAAUCUUAUUGAUCAUGGUAUAAAUCAUCUUGUUGUCAUUGGAGGUGAUGGUAGUUUAACAGGUGCUGACUUGUUCAGACAAGAAUGGAGCAGUUUAUUAGACGAGCUAUUGUCAACUGGUCAAAUCACAGCCGAAUUACGUGAAAAGAAUAAAUAUUUGCAAAUUGUCGGUUUGGUUGGGUCUAUUGAUAACGACUUUUGCGGUACAGAUAUGACUAUUGGAACUGACAGUGCAUUGCACAGGAUUAUAGAAGCUAUUGAUGCUAUAGUGAGUACCGCAUACUCUCAUCAACGUACAUUUAUAAUGGAAGUUAUGGGAAGACAUUGUGGGUAUUUGGCUAUUGUCGCAGCUUUAACAACAGAAGCUGACUAUGUUUUUAUACCCGAAUGUCCGCCAAUGGGCGAUUGGAAAAAACGACUUUGCGACAAAUUGGAACAGGAAAGAGCUGCAGGUCAGCGAUUGAAUAUCAUCAUAGUUGCUGAAGGAGCAAUAGACAGAAAUGGUGAUCCCAUCACAGCAGAGCAAGUCAAAGAUGUCGUUGUUAAAAACUUGCAUCAAGAUACGAGAAUAACAGUACUUGGUCAUGUUCAACGUGGAGGAAAUCCUUCAGCUUUUGACAGAAUUUUGGGUUCUAGAAUGGGGGCUGAAGCAGUUAUGGCAUUGAUGGAAUCUAAUGAAACAACUGAAGCAAGCGUGAUAUCAUUGGAUGGUAAUCAAGCUGUGAGGAUUCCUCUAAUGGAAGGAGUAAAGCAAACUAAAGCAGUAGCCAAAGCCAUGGAAGAGAAGAAAUGGGAUUUAGCUGUUGAACUUAGAGGCAAGUCGUUCCAGAGAAAUUUGGACACUUAUAAACUUCUAACUCGUCUUAAGCCUCCAAAAGAAAUUUAUGAAGGAAAAGAAAAAACGCCUUUGAAAAAGCAGCAAGAUACAUUGUGGGGAUCGGAAGGUUACGUAAUGGCCGUGAUUCACAUCGGAGCUCCAGCAUGUGGUAUGAAUGCUGCGGUACGUUCUUUCGUUAGAAACUGCAUCUACCGUGGUGACACUGUUAUCGGAAUACAUGAUGGCUUGGAGGGUCUUUUAGCUGGACAUGUCAAAAAAAUGGCUUGGUCAGAUGUAACAGGAUGGGUGGCUCAAGGUGGUGCUUAUUUGGGAACAAAAAGGUCGUUGCCAGUUGAUAAAAUGGAUGAAAUUGCUAAGAAAUUUACAGAAUAUGGAAUUCAAGGAUUACUAAUCAUAGGUGGAUUUGAGGGAUAUCAAGCAGGACUUCAUUUCACAGAAAAUCGUGACAAAUACGAAGCGUUCCGUAUCCCCAUUAUGGUGAUUCCAAGCACGAUCAGUAAUAACGUGCCAGGUACAGAAUUUUCUCUGGGAUGUGAUACCGCAUUAAACGAAAUUACAGAAAUUUGUGAUCGUAUAAGGCAAUCUGCUCAAGGAACGAAAAGAAGAGUAUUCGUUAUUGAAACUAUGGGAGGAUAUUGUGGAUAUUUGGCAACUUUGGCAGGUUUGGCUGGUGGAGCUGAUGCAGCUUAUAUCCAUGAAGAAAAAUUCACUAUCAAAGAAUUACAAGAAGAUGUAUACCAUAUGGCAGCCAAAAUGUCGGAAGGUGUACAAAGAGGUUUGAUUUUGCGUAAUGAAAAAGCUUCUGAAAACUAUAACACGGAAUUCAUAUAUCGUCUUUACGCAGAAGAAGGAAAAGGACUAUUUAGCGCUAGAAUGAACAUUUUAGGUCAUAUGCAACAAGGAGGUUCCCCUACUCCAUUUGAUAGAAAUUUGGGCACAAAAAUGGCAGCCAAAGCUGUUGACUGGUUUGUUUGUCAGUUGAAGGCUAAUAUGAAAGAUGGAAAACCCAACUGCAUGAAUCCAAAUACUUCUUGUCUGCUGGGCGUUCUGAAAAGACAAUAUAAAUGUACACCACUUACGGUUUUGAAAGAAGAAACAAAUUUUGAGAAACGUAUUCCCAAGGAACAAUGGUGGUUGAAAUUACGUCCACUUCUGCGUAUUUUGGCUAAACAUGAUUCAGCUUAUCAGGAAGAAGGCAUGUAUCUAACUGUUGAAGAACACUCUUUAGCCGACAACCUUUACGGCUGAUAGCUUUUUAAAGCUAUUAAAAUUUUAGUCGAAACUUUAUCAAAAUCUCUGAGAACUUACAAAUAUUAAUUUCACAUGUGUAUUUCAGAUGUUUAAAAACUAAAAAUAAUCUCAGAAUUCUGAAACAUUUAAUAUUUAAAAAAUAAUAAUAAUAAUUUAGGAAAUAAUAUUUGUUGGUUCAUAUAAAACAGAGAGACUAUGUACUAGGUAAUUUUAAGAUUGUGUUUUUAUGAAUUUUAAACCAAUUCUAGCAAGUGAGCAUCAAAGUGGUAGUAGACCAUUACCAAACUGUACUGACCAAUUUACAAUGUGUACGCACCUUGUGGAUGAGGUUGACAAAUUUUUUAUUCUUAUAUCUACUUCAGUAGCCAAGGAAAAUGUGUGUAAAUGAAGAAUCUUUUUAUUUUCAUAGUGUGCCGAAUUUGCUCGUAACUUGUUGGUUCUAGUCGUGACAUAGUAUUUUUUCAUUGUUAUCGAUAUAUUGAUGAACUAACUGUUGAAUCUACCUCAUCUUCAAUAGUCUUGGUUCUCCUCAAUAAUAUUUCCAUCAAUUUAAUCAAUUUUUCCAGGUGGGCAGGUAUCUCUUCUAAGUUUUCAUGUUGAAGAAUAUUUGCAAAAAUCUACGACUGUAAGCUUCUCUAGUAUACGGAUUAAGAUAUUAAUUGGUUUUUUGUCAACUUCAACUUGUUCCUCAUUCUUCAAAUUAUGUUCACAAGUACUGCUCCUUUUCAUAUACUUAUUUUUUGGUCAAGCAUUUGCCCUAAGCAUAUUUACAUUUGCUCGAUAGACACUAAAGUAAUUUUUUUGUAAUAUAAUUACGGGUAAUCGUGUCAUCCUAAACGAUUAUGAUUAGGUUGUUUAACAUGAUGAAAGUUUGAUAUGUUGAAAGUUUGGAAGCAGAUGUUUGUGUGUGUUAGUUUCAUUUCAACACAAUUAGAGUAAGACUCCACUUAACGCGUAGAAUACGUUCCAACAAAGUAGAGCGUAAGACAAAACAGUGCUAAACGAGGCUAUCUUACCAUGUAAAUAAUGGGGUUAUCCUCUGCGGAUAUUGGAGAUCUUCCAUUUGGGAGCGCGUCAUAUAAAUUUAAAUAUCAGAUAAAUGUUCCCUUAUCCCGAAAAUGUUGUUACACAUUGAAACAAAUAUAUCGAAUCCUAUAAAAUUUGUUUAUAGCACAAUAAUGUUUCUGUCCAUUUACUUAUUGACAUCAAUAACCUACUUCUUAACUGUGCACCAAGUUGUCUCGUACAUAAAAUUGAAAUUUAUUAUUUUGUUAUGAUAAAAGUUCAUUGGAAAAUCCAACAUUAGUUGGAUAUUAAAACCAUCUAUGUUCCUAUUUCAAGAUGGUACCAAGUCUGGUCUCGACUAAAGUGGAUGCUACUUACUUCCACUUUUAAACUCUAGUAGAAGUAUCACAUUUUUGUUAAAGGUAGAUUCUAAUUGCUGGAAGUAAUUUCAUAAUGAAGAAAAUAAAUUUAUCUAACCUCCAUCUAUCAAAAUUAAAACAAUAUCUUAUUUAUACAUUUAUCAGCUUCGUGUUUAAUCUUCAUAUCCCUUAUCAUUUCAUUUUUUUUCAUUUUUACAAAGUGAUGCUCUCUAUUGGAGUAAUAAAUAACCGUCUACUUUUUGUAUUAACUUUAUUAAGACUAUAUAUGAGAUAUUAGCUGCUUUCCAUUUACACCAAAACUCAAAUAAUUCUCACCUGUGACGUCGCAACUCAGUUCAAUGUUCUGUAUCACAAGUAAGACCUAACUGAGUUUUUACCCGCAAUCUGCACAAGCUUGAGACCCUGAGUUUUGUGAACUCAGAUUGAAAGUGAGGUUGAGGACAUGACGUUGUCAAAUUUUAUCAUAAGCAAAUAAGGUUACAAUACUAAAUUAUUGAAAACAGUCAUAUUCCUUUUAUUCACUGUGUAGUGACGUCAUUAUUUGAGUAUAAGAUACUCACAUAAUGGAGUGUCUCAGUUCAAUUGAAUGUGAAUGGAAAGCAGCUACUGUAAGCUUUAUCAGUUCUAUUAUUUAUUCUAUUAUAAUCGUCCAUUUUGAUUCUAAUUUAAUUAUUUUUUGAAUGAAUUCUGUACGGUUCAAUUACUUUAGUAUUAUUUAGUAUCAUUCAUUCAUUCAUAUAUUAUUUAUUUAUCAAUCAAGAGCAGGUUUUUAAGCCCUUGAAAUGUUGUUAUAGUUUUGAAGUGUAUACAAAAUAACGUUGUAUUGUGACAAAAUAAAACUAUAUAAAAUGCAAAA